GAAAAACAAGAUUCAAUGACUUCUAAACAAAUAUACUGAUCUACAAGUGUUGAGUGUAUAAGCAGGACACAACCAAAAAGUUUUGAUAAAACAGUGCAGUGCAGUCCAAUCAUCACACGAGGACUAAAAUACAAACAUGAAGUAACUGAAAUCGAUACAAACAAGAUAAAAACUAAAUAGAGAUUAAUAUGCAAAAAUCAUCUAUUACUGCAACUAUGGAAGUAUCAACAAAUCAAAGUGAUGCUUACCUCAUUCUGAACUGCACUGGAAAUUCAACUCUGAACUGCAGUGGAGGAUUUCCAAAUGGCGGAGGUAGCAGCGAGUGGGUGUUUUACUUUAUCAUCAUAUUCCUAAUUCUCGGAACGAUAUCCAUACUUGGUAAUGUCACAGCACUGGUUGCGACGUGUUUUGUAAAAACAUGGCGCUCAUAUAUGAUCGUCUUUGUGAGCUUAUCAGUGUCGGAUACAAUUGCAUCAAUGGCUUUUAUAGUUGUUCCUAUCGCAAGGGUUUACGGAUCGCAAGCAAUGCAGGAAACAGCUUGGGGAAAUGGACUACUCCAAGCCGGAGAUAUCCUCUCAGAAUUGGCUUACACGGCAUCUACUUUUUCCUUAUUAGGCAUGGCGCUGUGCCGUUAUAUCGUCAUAUGCCAUCCGAUGCAACAAAUGAGGAUACUCACAAAAUGUGCAGUUUAUAUUUAUUUAGCUUGCAUGUGGACAAUCUCUUCACUGUUAACGACUCCCCGUAUAAUACAACAUUUAAACCCAAAUACACAAGCGAUCAACUUUUUUUAUUACAUUAACCCACCGAUCUACAUCCUGGUAUUUAUAACCAUUAUUGUGCUGUGUUUGAAAGUAUAUUACGAGACACGUAAAGUGAUAAACAAUGCGCGGACAAUGCAAAUGACAUGUGAGGCAAACGAAGGAAGGAAGGCAGCAAUCACAACGCUUAUGAUGACUGGAACACUAAUCAUGUACUCAAUACCAUUCUGGGCAUUUUAUACAAUUGUGUCAUUGGAUUUAAUAAAAAUGAAUCCACUCACAGAGCAAUGGUGUUACAUAGUGCUCCAACUACUAUUAAUCUUGAACUAUAUGAGUGAUCCGGUGAUAUACACUACUAGGACCAAAGAUAUAAAGCGAGCGUACAAAGUCAUGUUAUUCAAAAUGUGUAAAUGCAUGGGAAUCAAGAAGUACGCUGGCUACCAAAGUGCAUAUAAUAACAAUCACUCCUAUUCUACAGAGGGACGUUACACGAAAGUAUGAAACACUGUUUACAAAAUGUCAUUUGGAGGUGUCCAUUUUUACCAACCUGGAUCAGGAGUGGAAAUGGCAAUGUAUAGACUAAAGUAUGGUAUACAAAAACAAUGGAAAACCAGGUACAUGUUAAUAAAAACACUCGAUUAUUCGGUAUAUGACCAAAUAAGGCAUAUGACCAAAUAAGGAACACAGAGAAAAAUAAUACAAGGUGGUUUUUGGGAAGAAAUUAUGUAGAAAUUUACAGCCAUUCAGACAUUUUCACUUAAAAGAUUAAAUUCCACAUUUGAAUUUUUUAAGAUUAUCAACAAGAUAUCUAAGAAAAAAAUGUUUUCCAAGUUUCUGUAGCCAAUCAACUGCCACAGUAUCGCAUAUCAGUACUAUGACAACAAUCGACAUGAGGGUCCC